AUGGAGGGUACUAGUGCACCAACUUCGUCGACAAGGCCGUUAGAAGAUGGGUAUAGUGAAUAUUCGGCCCCACAACAACGUAAAAGGAAGAAAAAGUCGAUGGUAUGGCGUGAAAUGAAGGAAGGAAAUAACGAUAAAGGUGAAAAUGUUGCUAUUUGUGUUCAUUGUAAGCAAAUAUUAGUUGCCACCUCUAAUAGUGGAACUUCACAUUUAAAACGGCAUUUAUUAGAGAGUUGUCCAUGUAGGCCAGAAGGACUUGCACUUGGGGAAGGGGGUUCUAAUAUGGAAGAGGAAAAAGAGUUUGUUUUUGAUCCAAAAAAAUUAAGAAAAAAUAUUUUACUUUAUGUUGUAGAAGGAGCUCAUCCUUUCUCAACCAUAGAGGAAAAAGGGUUUAUAAGAAUGAUGUCUAGUGCUACUCCUUUCUUUAAGCCGCUUAGUAGGACAACUCUUACAAGAGAUCUUUUUUCCUUGUAUUAUUCCGAGAGGGAAAAACUAAAAAGUAUGCUAAUGAAUGUGCCCGGUCGGAUUUGUUUAACUACGGAUAAUUGGAAGUCAUCCCACACAUGGCAACAUUAUAUUUGCAUUACAAUUCAUUUUGUAGACAAUGAUUGGAAAUUACACAAACGCAUUCUUAGGUUUAGGGCUUUGGUACCCCCUUAUGAUGGAGUAAGCAUUUCAGAAGAAAUAUUUUUGUUUCUAAGUCAAUGGAAGCUAGAAAACAAAGUACUUAGUGUUACCGUUGAUAAUGCUACAUAUAAUGAUGCUAUGAUUGCACACUUGAAGAACCGUCUUGUGUCAAAGGGGUUGUUAGUGAGUAAUGGAUGUAUGUUUCAUAUUCGAUGUUGUGCUCACAUCAUUAAUUUGAUUGUUCAAUCCGGAUUGGAGCUUAUUGAAGGCAUUUUGGAUGAUAUUAGGAAGUUGGUGAGAUUAGUUACAAGAUCUUCUUAUAGAAGUAAGGAUUUUUAUGACACCGCCAAAAAGAAAUUUAAUUUGGUGAAAAGAAAACUCCAUUUAGAUAUGAAAAUUCGUUGGAAUUCAACUUUUUCUAUGCUUGAUAAUGUGUUGUAUUAUAGGGAAGUGUUUGUUUAUUUGGGGUCCGUGAACAAUUAUUUCAAAUCUUUUGUGCCUACGGAUUUUGAAUGGAGUAAAUUGGUUGUUGUUCACAAACUUUUAAACAUCUUUUAUGACGUAACAUGUAUGUUUUCGGCUUCUAAGACUCCUACUUCUAAUUUAUACUUUAAGGGUGCUUGGAUGGUUCAUCGUCACUUGUUGGAUACUUCUAAAUCUACCGAUGUGUUGUUGGUUGAGAUGGUAGAGCCAAUGAUAAGCAAAUUUGAUAAAUAUUGGUCCGAGUAUAAUGUUUAUUUAUCUUGUGCGGCUAUUCUUGAUCCAAGAUUUAAAGUUAAGAUGGUUGAAUAUUGCUUGGACAAAUUAUUUGGGACGGAUUUGGCUAUGGAAAAGGUGGAAGUGGUGUUGAGCACAUUAAGGUCUUUGUAUAAUGAUUAUAAGUUGCAAUCAUCAACCUCACCUAUUAUUGUUCCCUCUCCUCUUAGUAGUGAAUUUGGACAUCAUAAUUUAUUUGAUGAUUAUCAUAGUUAUAAUCCAAAAAGUACUAUGAGCCAAGUUGGAAAGUCACAACUUGAAGUUUAUUUAGAAGAGGAGCCUCUUGAUAUGAAUUUGGAAUUGGAUGUGUUAGAGUAUUGGCAUCAAAAUGCAAUAAGGUUUCCGGAGCUCUCAAAAGUGGCUAGGGAUUUACUAACUAUUCCGGUUAGUACGGUAGCUUCGGAGUCGGCUUUUAGCAUUGGAGGGAAGACUAUUUCCCCAAAUCGUAGCUCAUUAAAUCCAAAAAUCGUGCAAGCAUUAGUGUGUGUUCAGGAUUGGGGGAGUGAUGAAAAUGGCAUUGCAUUAGACUUGGAUAAUGAAAAUGAAGAGGAUGAUGAAGAAAUAAUUGAAAAUGAUGAAGACAACGAGAGUGAUACUUUCUUUCCCUUAUAG